AUGUGUAGCUUCGGAGAUCGAGAGCGCAUUCCGAGCUUACGACACGCCCAUGCUAAUGCUCGCGCGACGGAAUACCUUCAAGCCCACGAUCCCGACUUGACAGACUCGCAAAAGACUAUUCGCGAAGCUAUAGCCAAGAUCUGCGCUAACUAUCCCGACGAAUAUUGGCUGAAACAAGAUGAAGCCAAAAGGUUCCCAGCUGACUUUCACCAAACACUUGCCCAAGAUGGGUGGCUGGGAGUCUGUAUGCCCCAUGAAUAUGGUGGCUCGGAAUUGGGUAUUGCAGAAGCAGCCGUGAUGAUGCAGACUAUCUCCGAGUCAGGAGGAGGGAUGACAGCUGCCUCUUCCGUGCACAUGAACAUCUUCGGUCUCGAGCCGGUCGUCAAAUUUGGGACCCCCGAGCAAAAGAAACGUUGGCUCGAACCUUUGAUCGCGGGCCAAGAGAGAGCAUGUUUCGGAGUUACGGAACCGAACAAUGGACUCGACACGUUGAAGCUACAAUCUAUCGCCCGAAGAGAGAAGAAUAGCGACUAUUACAGUCUGUCAGGGCAGAAGAUAUGGAUUUCUACUGCGCAGAAUGCUCAGAAAAUUCUGAUCUUAGUUCGUACCACGUCCCUCGAAGAGGUGAGAAAGCCAUCACAAGGCCUAUCGCUCUUCUAUACCGAUCUUGAUCCCUCUGUCGUGGAGAUUACAGAGAUCCCGAAAAUGGGCCGAGCAGCUGUCGACACUAAUACCCUCUUCUUCGAGAAUUGGCGGGUACCAGCGAGCGAUAUGGUCGGAAAAGAGAAUGACGGAUUCAAGAUGAUUCUCCAGGGAUGA